UAUCAAACUUUCAAAGAGUCAAGAAUCAAGAGUUUAUGCACUCUUGUCGUGUAGUCUUGAUCUUGGUACAUGUAGUAUUGAUUCGAUAGCCUGGUCCAGGAGAAGCUUUGGGUACAGUAACUGUUGUAGUGUUGAGAUAUACGACGGGAAGAGUGUUUUUUCCGUUUGCUCCCUUUGCAAUACGACAACGGAACACAUGGCUUCGGUGUACAAUUCCAGUCCAGCUCUGCUGGAGCUCCGGCGUCGUUUUUCUGAGGAAUGUCAGAAGCUGGAAACACAACCAGACGAGCGUGACAAGGAGCUUGUCCAGUCUGAUGACACCUACCUGCAGAACUACCUCAUACACACGCAAGGAAACGAGGAUGAAGCAUUUCACAUGCUGAUGGAUUGUAUGGCGUGGCGUCGGAAAAUGGGCGUACAGGGCAUGACGGUCCAUGACCUGGAUGAACAGCUUGUGCGCUCUGGAAUUACCUUUUUGCACGGCCGUGAUCGUGAAGGCAAUGCAUGUUUGGUAAUUAACACCAGGUUCCAUAAGAAGGAUGCAGAGAGAUUUCUUCUAGUCAAAAAGUACCUCGUGUUUUUACUGGAGCAGCAGCGUAUCCGUGAGCCAUCAAACCAGCUGACAGUGAUAUUUGACAUGACUGGAACUGGACUGGGCAAUGUAGAUAUGGAGUUCAUACGUUUUAUCAUAGACUGCUUCAAGUUCUACUUUCCCAACAUGCUCAACUACUUACUGGUUUUCGAAAUGCCCUUCAUCCUUUCAACCGUAUGGAAGAUUGUAAAGGGUUGGCUAAGUGAACGUGCUCAGGCAAAAAUAAAGUUCGUGAAGAAAGGCGACAUUCAGGAGUACAUUGAUGCGGAGCAGCUUGUGACAACCCUUGGUGGCACGGAUACAUUCACGUUCGAUGCAGAUGAGUUCAUGCAACAACAUGCUCCUGCUGAGUUACGCCACUUUGAGUCCAUUGCUAUGGAAGAGGCUGAUGAAGAUUGCAAUGGCGACCAUGCAGAUGGUACUCAGGCUGGCUCAGAUUCUAGUCCCUUGCCAAGACGGGUACACUUUGCAGAAGACUUUUCGUCCUGCAGCACGUCGCAACCAGAAGACAGGAAGACUAGACCAAGCACGUCGCGGCAAGAAUCCAAUGACUCUGUAACAUCACAGCAACGGCAGGCACAUGUGCACAACCUGCUUCAGCAGCAGACAUCGAAAGAAUCUUUGAAUGGCGGUGGUAGUCCAGGAAGUUCACUGCGACGCCGUCAUGUCACCACAGCUGGAUUGCUGGAGAUCAGUCCUUCCAGUGUCAUGGAGUUCCGUGGAAACGGUACGGACGAUAUAGUUGUACCACUUUCCAUACGAAACAUCAGUACGAAUGCAAUUGGGUUCAAGAUCAAAACAACUGGACCAGACCGCUACCACGUAAAGCCAAGUGCAGGCAUUGUGCAGACUGGUGCAUCGGCUAUCGCUAAUGUUACACUUCGCUCUGGUGCGGAUCGCUCGCUUGUGUUGCAAGAUAAGUUCCUUGUCGAGUUUUGUCCAGUGCCACCAACGUUGCAGGCAUCUGAGCUUUCCAGAUUCUUGAAGAGUGUUGAGAAAUCCGCUAUGCAAGAGCAGAAACUUCUAAUUCAAAUUGCGAAGCCAACACCACCAGCAUCACAGCCCAAAACCGAAGUGGUCGCGACAGAGACGAAACGGGAUGCUACCCAGGCAAGCACAGCAGCAACACCAGCUGCAGUCGCAUCUCAAUCACCCAAUCUCAGACAACUGCAGCGCUCCUUGACGGAGAUGGAGUCACGUCUUGGUCAACUGGAACGCAGUCAUCAGGUGAUGAUUGGCCAGAACAAGACGGUUCUGGACCUCGCGUAUGUGUUCAUUGUCUUCUGCUUUCUUGUGGCUCUGGUGUACCUAGCACACAGGCAUCAGCUUCUUCAGUACGCUGAUGCCUGGUUAUGAUAAGCACGGCAAUGAAUGCAUGCACAGCAUGCAGUCUACCUGUGUUGACACUGUUUGCCUGGUAUGUUGGUGCUGGUGGGAAAAGCGGCCUACAAUCUCUGGAGGUACUGGAAUGAACUCGGAAUGGAACCUGUUUUGGGGGAAAAUAGCUAAUCUGCCCUUGGCAACUAUGAUGAUCUUGGUUAAAUAAUGCUGUCUGCUUGCACUCUUCUGCACAGCACGACUGGCUAUGCCGGUCCUUACUUGUGUGCAAACCCAGCCCGCUGUGCAAAACUCAUGUAAUUUUAUACAAUAAUAAUUAUCAUGAUUCUAUUUUUUUUAACACAUUCUCAAAUUUUAGCUCAAUGAGAAACAAUAAGAUGAACAACAAAGUCACAAGAGUACAACAUAGGUUUUUGAAUAUGCAUGUGCAUGUGUUUUGAGGACCAGUCCAUUGCUGUACCUUUCUGCACUGUGGCCAUGCGUGUCCUUGAAUCAGCGUAGAAUACAUAGCACACCAAAUCUUCUUCUGCGUCUUCAUUUGUUUCUCCAAUCCCGAGACUUGUCUUGGGUGGUGGUGCAGCUGCCUGCUCAUGUUUGCUGCUGUUUAUUAUGUAUGUAUUUGAUUUAUAUGAUUGCUAUUUUCCUAUACAUAUCUGUUAUACCAUUAUUGUGUGAUGUGGAUUGUCGAUAUCUUUGAAGUUAGUGUGCUAUUAUCUUUUUCGUUUAGGCCACACACUCUGAAACAAACAGAGCUUGAACUAAUGGGCCUGCUCGCGCAGUUUGUCUCAAACAUUUCUCUUUGCGCUUUUCGUAAUUGCUGCGUGUGAGUAAAGUGAAGUUCGUAUAUCCAAGUUACUGCCAGCUAUACUCGGCUUUUGACAAGCUACCGCCAUGCCUCAUGAUGCCAAGCUGACGAAUGCGGCCUGAGCACGUACCUAACAUUACAUGUACCCUCGGUGCUUUUAUUAACGUUAUCGGUGUAGUCUUCGGUACCCCUGGGGCAUGUCCGCGGCAGCUACAUUACUAAAGUAUUCAGUGCCUUGUUGGAAUAUGCCACUACAUGUACAUUGUAUCCGAAUUAGAUGAUUUUAUUCUGUCUCUGCCAGUUUGUGAGUUCUCUA